AUGUGGCAGAUCUCCCUGGCAGGCGCUCUGCACACUGCCGCGGCAGUCGAGCUCUCGCCAGCUGCCUGGUGUGCCAGGGGCUCGGGGGAGACAGAGGAAGCUUUGCUGAGUCGGUGCUGCCGUCCCGGCAGCGAAAACUGUUUUGACAUUGCCGAUGCCAUUGGUGGAAAAUGCUGCCGGCAGGAUACUGAUGGUGGCUUCUAUGGUUUUCUUAUUCCGCUACGAUCAUUCUCUUUGAACGGAGUCCCACACGAGCUUGACAGCUGCAGUGUCUCCACAUGCCUCUUCUCGCUGAAGACCUUCCACACCCUUAGCGACGACCCUGUGGAAGCCACGUCCGAGCUGCUGCAGAUGGGCCUCCUCAGCCCAGAGUGGCGUCCGGAUUUGCAAUUCCUAGGCCCGACGAGCCCCAUUCUCGUGGAUACGGUUCGCGUGAAUGGCCCAAAGGACGCCCCACCCAUCUUCUAUCACCGCUUCUUCCAUGACCAUGCAGAGGUGGUGCCACAAGCUCUCUGGGAGUAUUCACACUACAUCAGCCACAGUUCUUCCUUCGCCGCUUCCCUCACUGCUCGCCGCAGUGGAGGAGCUCCUUGUGAACAGCGCGAAGCGGCUUUGGAGGUAGCCAUGGCCGAUACCACCGCCCUGCCAUGGCUGGCUCAGAGGUGGGUGCUGACGGGAAACGCGCGUCUGGACACCUUCGUCAACAUCGGAGCCCGGGAUGGUGUGCAUGAAGAUCCCUUGUAUCCACUCAUCUCGAACCCUGCAGAUGUGCGCUUCGCUCUUGCCGUGGAGAUGGAUCUCGAGUUCUGCCAACAGCACGCACGCAACCUGCCACAUGUGGAGUUGCUCUGCAUGAGAGCCAACAAAGCAACGGUCCCCGACGUCGUAGCAAGACUGCCGGAGUGGCUGCGUGGGCAGAAGAGGCCUGCUGCGAGUCUGUCAUCCUUGCCUCGGUUGGACGUCCUCAAGGUGGACCUGGAUGGUGCGGACUGCGAUCUCGCAGCACUGUUUCUGUGGAAGGUCCUGGCCAAGUUCGUUGUCAUGGAGGUCUGCGACGCUGUGCCGCCACCGCUGCGCUUCAACCUCCAUGACGACGAGCGACUCGUGUGGCCUCCAAGAGCUCCCUGGGGCUGCUCCCUCAGCUACCAGGUCCAGCUGAUGAAGCAGUUUGACCUGGAGCUGGUCUGGUAUGGCGCUGGGAAUGCCAUCUUCGCUCAUCGUCUUGCUGCACAUCUGCUAGGACUGCCAAGCCCUUUGGACGAGGUGGACUGCUACGCGAAGUCCGUGCUGAUGACAAUGUGGCCCAGUGGCCGCAGGCUGCGCCGGUGGUUUUACGAGGACAGCCUCAACGACACCUUUGUGGAAGUCCGGGCAGCCUUGACGAAACGUCUUGGAGAUUUGCCGUUCACCUUGGAGAUGUGA